UAACUCAGGAAAAAUUUGCAGCCCUGGGAACCCGUGCCGAGCAGAAGCCAACAUGGAGGAUGAUCCUGCUUUCUUUGGCUUUAAAAACAUUUUUCUGACAAUGUUUGCCACGUUUUUCUUCUUCAAGCUUUUAAUUAAAGUUUUCUUGGCUCUCCUAACCCAUUUCUAUAUCGUCAAAGGAAACAGAAAAGAGGCAGCUAGGAUAGCAGAAGAGAUCUAUGGUGGACUCUCAGACUGCUGGGCUGACCGAUCCCCACUCCACGAGGCUGCAGCGCAGGGGCGUUUACUGGCUCUUAAAACUUUAAUUGCACAAGGUGUCAAUGUGAAUCUUGUGACAAUUAACCGGGUCUCCUCUCUCCAUGAGGCUUGCCUUGGGGGUCAUGUGGCCUGUGCUAAGGCCUUGCUGGAAAAUGGUGCACAAGUCAAUGGACUGACAAUUCAUGGGGCCACUCCGCUCUUCAAUGCCUGCUGCAGUGGCAGCGCUGCGUGUGUCAGUAUGCUCUUGGAGUUUGGAGCCAAGGUCCAGCUUGAGGUCCACCUGGCUUCACCGAUCCAUGAAGCAGUGAAGAGAGGUCACAGAGAAUGUAUGGAGAUUCUGCUGGCGAAUAAUGCUAACAUUGAGCAAGAGCUUCCUCAGCUAGGAACUCCUCUGUAUGUGGCCUGUACCUACGAGAAAGUCGACUGUGUGAAGAAGCUUCUAGAACUAGGAGCCAGUGUUGACCAUGGCCGGUGGCUGGAUACCCCACUGCAUGCUGCUGCUAGGCAGUCUAGUGUGGAGGUCAUCAACCUGCUCACUGAGUAUGGCGCUAACCUGAAACUCAGAAACUCUCAGGGCAAAAUCGCCCUUGAUCUUGCUGCUCCCAAAAGCAGUGUGGAGCAGGCGCUCCUACUCCAUGAAGGUCCGCCUGCUCUUUCUCAGCUCUGCCGCCUGUGUGUCCGGAAGUGCCUGGGCCGUCGUCCAUGUCAUCAAGCCGUCUGCCAGCUAGGCCUUCCAGAACCGCUGGAGAAAUUUCUCUUACACCAAUAGUUGGAAAUGCGUAGGUUGUUGCCUGCUGUAGGGUGCUUAGUAUACACUCUCAGUGGCUUGACUCACUGUCCUAAACAUCAGCUCACCCAAUUAGAGUAAAUCUUCUAUAAACCCAAUCACUUGGGGGGAGCAAACUCCUAGUUUAAUGGUUGCCAACAGGCAUCCAGAAACCUUUUUAGUUUUUAACGCUUGUUAAUAUGCUUAAAAUGAAACUGAAAUGGGGGGGGGGGAUAAAAGGCUAUUUUCAGAUGAUUCAGGACCCUCCAGUACCUGGGGCUGUGUUCAGCAUCCUGAAUAUUGUAUAGACACAGGUAGAUAAUAUUAAAUAAACCUUAAGUAUGUAAGAAAUGCUCUUGAUUUGGUCCUUGCCCAAUACAUUUUAUUAGUUUGUUGUUUUCCUAAAAUAAAUUUCUGUAGGGUUUUGA